CCAAGGAACAGCACUAUUUGUGACUCCAAAGAAAUGAGGGUACCACAGAUGGGCUCUCUGGGAUUUCUAGACAGAGGCCACAUUCCCCUGGUGCUGCAGCUGCUGUUCCUCGUUCUCUUUACUGGACUUCUGGUGGCCAUCAUCAUCCAAGUUUCCAAGAUCCCCAGCUCAGAAGAAAUUCAGUGGGAACAGAAGAAGCAAGAGAAAAUGCACCAGGACCUGAGCCAACUGAAAUCUGAAGUUGAUAGCCUCUGUCGCCCCUGCCCUUGGGAUUGGACAUUCUUCAAUGGAAACUGUUACUUCUUCUCCAAGUCACAACGGGACUGGCACAACUCCAUCACCGCCUGCCAAGAAAUGAAGGCCCAACUGGUCGUCAUCAAAAGUGAUGAGGAGCAGAGCUUCCUGCAGCAGGCUUCCAAGAAAAAUGGCUACAGCUGGAUGGGGCUGUCAGAUCUGAACAAGGAAGGAGAGUGGUACUGGCUGGAUGGUUCACCUCUGUCAGACAGCCUUGGGAAGUAUUGGAACGAUGGACAGCCCAACAAUAUUGGGGGACAAGACUGUGUGGAAUUCAGAGAUAAUGGCUGGAAUGACGCCACAUGCGACCAAAAGAAAUUCUGGAUCUGCAAAACAUUUGCAACUACCUGUUCCAGCAAGUAAUGACCAGACCUUCUCUACAGCUUGCACAGCCUAAACAUCCCAGUUGGGCAGUGGACUUUUACUCAUGCAUUUCCCAGUUUCUUCUCCCUGUCUAUGGGCAUGGAAAUCUUAGUAUUACCUCUAGGACUGCCCAACUGUGUAACAGGGAGGGACUGCCAUGUAAGAGAUCAGCAAGACAGCUUAAGAGUAAACACAUUGCAUCCUUGAGAACAGUUAGAAAGUGAGCAUUACCAAUAGGUGUUACUAACGUUUAUCCCAUGAUAUAAAAGUGCCUGCAGUGGAACAGAGAAGCCAGAAAUUUAUCCAUGGGGAGCUCAGCAAUAGAGAGACAGCUCAAUACCAAACUCCAGCUGCCUGCCUCAACUUCCCCAGUCAGUUCCUGCUGACUUCUGUGAGCACUCAGAUUUGAGGAUGUCACUUCUAUCUGUUGUUAUCUGUACUUUUACCUAAGUGGUUUUUACUUUACUCUUCUGGAAACCCAAUGGGAAGCUCCAGCUAACUGCCUUAAUGGAGCAUCCUCAGUCAGUUUCUGCUGGGUGUUUGUAAGCCCCUGACUCAGUCAUGUUGUCGUUCCACUGCUAUUAGUACUUUUACUUGGACGCCUCACACAGGGGACACUGCUCUUCCCAGGACUCCUUGUGUUGGGAACUCUAGCUGGCUGCCUUAAAGGGGCUUCUCUCUUUAAUUUCUGCCUGACACAUUGAGCACUCAACUUGAUGAUAUUUGGAAUCUAUUUAUCUACCCAUCAUUUGCUAUUUGUUCUUUUACUUU